AAUCACGAUUCAGUAUGUUGUUUGCGCACCAUCGUGCGCGGAGCCCGUGUGGUUUGGAGAACUUCAGCAGUCAGCGAUAAGAAGCGAGAGGAAACUGUUUUCGGAGUUUCAUAUGCUGGAUGCGUGCUCAGUGAAGAGGACCAGCCACCCCCCCACGGGCCAUGGUGGGUUUCUUUUAGCGGGAUGAGAGCCACCAGGGGCCGUGCGCACUGGGGAUAUCCAGGGCGCCGGUAGUGCGCUCUGACUGGGAGAGCCGUGGUGGGUGGUGGUGGCGGCGGCAGCAGCAGCCGGCGAACGGGCUCACGGUUGGGUCGGUGCCCUCCUGAUGACAAAGCGGGGGAUGAAUUUGACCCUAGAGUCAAGAUGAUCGUGGAGUUUUUCCCUUGGAAGAAACUGCGGCGAAACAGCAGAUAUCUUCUGUUCGGGGCGAUUCUGCUGGUCGGAAUUUUUGCAUUCUACCAUGAGACGGUUGCUGCAAAAGCAUGGAGCAGUGACACCGGCAUGAAGGUCGAUGCUGGCGGCAGCUGGGGAGGAGCCAUGUUUGACAGGGCCAGAAAAGACAAUCAACCAGUCUCUACGGAGGAUUCUGCUGCCUGGAGAUCCAGCUUCAAUCCACAAACCUGGAAACCAGAGUAUAAGGGAAAGGCCAACAUGCACGUCUUCGAGGACUGGUGCGGCAGUUCUACAGCCGACCUCUCCAAGAACCUACACUACCCGCUGUACGCUCAUUCCAGGACUACAGUGCAGAAGCUGGCCGUUACUCCUAAGUGGACCAACUACGGGCUCAGGAUAUUUGGUUAUAUACAUCCAUACACUGACGGUACAACAUGUCGUCUUUCAUCUACUUCCUGGGAGUUUGUGUUUGCUUUGAGCUCCGAUGACAACUCUGAGUUUUGGCUCAGCACAGAUGACUCCCCCUUGAACUUGCAGUUACUAGCAUGGGUUGGAAAGACUGGCAAAGAAUGGACAGCCCCUGGGGAGUUCGAGAAGUAUGCCAGUCAAACCUCCAGACCGGUUUGGUUAUCUGCUCAGGGAAGGUACUUUUUUGAAGUUAUCCACAAGCAAAACGACAGAGGGACCGACCACGUGGAGGUGGCAUGGCAGCUUACGGACCACGACAGUAGAUUCAUGGUCAUUGAAUCUCGUCACAUCUCUCUCUAUGUUGACGAGUCAGCAUUGUUAAUGAGUGACAUCGCACACAUACCGCAGACCGACGCGAGUCACCAACGCAGCCCCGCAAAACAGAGCAGCGUCGCAGCAGACAUGCUGAGGGAAGACCUGCGAGACACUCUCUACAAGGUGCCUCUGAUGAACAGCAAGUUAUUACAAGGUGUGCUGCCCGACUGCUCGUACAACCCCAGCUACACAAUCAAGGACUUUCCUCUGAUGCGCUACCAAGGACUGCAGUUUGUCCACUUGUCCUACAUCUACCCCAAUGACUACACCCGCCUGACACACAUGGAGACAGAGAAAAGCUGCUUCUACCAAGAUAGCCCCUACUACAGGAAGAUGUUUGGUUUUUCGAGGUACAUGAGACUAGACGGUCCUGAAAAGGAAAACAUUGGCAUGGAUUUUGGUUUCCAGAAAAGAAAAGCCGAGCAAGAUGAGGAGGACGAGUUUGACUUUGAAGCCUAUCAAAGAGAAAAGGAAGCCAGGCGGGGCCAGAUAGAUAAUGCUCUUUUCCCGGACUAUGGUGACGAUUUUGAUGACUAUAUCCAGAGACGCAGGCGAAAACUCUUCUCAUUGGGCAAUCAAGAAUCUAACUAUGCACUCAAGAACGCUUCUGUUACAAGACUGCGGGUGCCAAAGACUCAACCAGUGGCACAACAACCUGCUGAGCCCCUGCAAGUAGUGCCAAUGCAAUCCUCAAAACAGGUAAAACCAAAAAUGAAUCCAAAACGAGUAAAGAGGAAAAAGCUCAAGUUAGUGAAAAAACCUGUGAGACAAAUACAGAAAAAUGUAACAAUACCAGUGGGUAGACCGAAGCGUAAAAAAAAGGAACGAGCCGUCAGAGUCAAGUCAGAACAGCUGAAUCCUAAACAGCUUCAAAUCCCGAAGUCCCAUAAAAUGAAUGACACCCAAAUCCAAAGAAUCAAAAACGUAAAUCUUCGACCUGUAAAGAGGGAUGUUCCUUUUCUUGAAACACCCAAAGUGGCCAAGCAAUGGAAAAAUGAAAUUGAAAAAGGAGCAAUGGAGCUCAAUCAAACCCCCAGCAUGCGUUCCACCACCCCUAAGAGGGAGCAUCCUUUAGUGAGACCCAAUCAGAGUGGCCGAUAUAGAAGAAAACACCUCAGGGAUAUGGAUGUGUUGAUGAAUGUGACUCUUCAAAAGGAUCUGGACAAUAGUAUUCACAGAGCAAAGAUAAUCACGAGUGGGAAAAAGGACACAAAGUGGUCGGAUACAAAUAGAGGUGAGGAGCAAGUGGGCGAUGAGGACGAGGUUCAGAACAGGGCUGUGGUCAGGAAGGAAACUGUAGAGAUGGAGAAAGACUCCCUGUGGGGAGGAGACUUUGAAGGUAUGGAUGACGAGGAUAGCACCCCAGCACCGGUGUUUGACCCCGAGAUAAACUGGAACCAGACCUUCCAGGUCAGCCCCCUGGACCUUCAGGCAAAGCGAUCGGAUUGGAUAGACCUGCACUGCAACAUCUCAGGCAACCUGCUGUUCCAAGCCAGUGAAGCUAUGCCCAUGGUGGAGGCUUUCAUGGAGCAACUCAACAACAGGCACCACGGACAGUAUACACUGGUCCGUGUGGUCAACGUGGUGAAGCGUGUGGACACGAUCCAGGGCAACCGCUACCUCCUGGAGCUGGAGCUGAAAGACGUGCACGGCCAUCUGCUGCGCCUGUCGCACUACAUUUAUGCUCUGAUUCGCCACAGCGGCCUGAGCGAAGACAACUUCGAUUACCAUCAGCCCAAACCUCAGCCCAAACCUCAGCAGGUGCUGUGCAACCCCGUGGGCUUCCGCUGGAAUCCUACUGCAACCGUCCACUUCAUAGUACCAGUGAAAAAUCAGGCCCGGUGGGUGCAGCAGCUGAUAUCUGACAUGGAACAGCUGUUCAGAGAAACGGGAGACAUCAACUUCAAUCUCAUCAUUGCAGACUACAACAGCACUGACAUGGACGUGCGGAGCGCUUUGCAGAAAUCCAAACUCUUCAGGUACCAGUAUGUGAAGCUUGCUGGAAACUUUGAGCGCUCUGCUGGUCUACAAGCAGGUAUCAACCUUAUAGAUAAUGACCACAGCAUUGUGUUCCUCUGUGACCUACACAUUCACUUCCCUCCCUCCAUCAUCGACACCAUCAGGCAGCACUGUGUGGAGGGAUACAUGGCCUUUGCGCCAAUUGUCCUGAGACUGGACUGCGGGUCUACGCCAGCUGAACCCAGAGGUUACUGGGAAGUCAAUGGCUUUGGCCUGCUGGGGAUCUAUAAAUCCGAUUUGGAUGCAGUGGGAGGGAUGAACACCAAAGAAUUCACAAACCGCUGGGGAGGAGAAGACUGGGAGCUUCUUGACAGGAUUCUUCAGGGAGGCCUGGAAGUGGAGAGGAUCUACCUGAGGAACUUCUUCCACCGCUUCCACUCCAAACGUGGCAUGUGGAACCGGCAGAUGAUUCCCAGCAACAGGUGACCUUAUGUCCUGUCGCCUCACUAUGACCAGGGUCGCCACGGUUACAACAACCAUGGCCACCAGAGCACUUUAAACAGCUUAAGCCUGCGUUAAGCUGAUGCUAGUUGCUAAGGAGAUACUUCUGAUAUACUCCAUUUGUUUCACUGGAUGUGUUAACUACUGAGAGGAUACUGCUCUGACUAUGAGAUCUUACAUAUGAAGAUACUGCUGUGCGCCAUGUUGCUGACUUUGACUAUAAUGAUCUGCACUACUGGCUGCAAAAAAAAACAAAACCCAUUUGUGUAUUUGGUAAAACACAGCCUUAUUUGUUAUGUUGUAAAUUAUAAAAAAGAUAUAUAUUUAUUAUAUCAGUGUUUUUAGGAUUUUUUUUUUUUUUUACAUCAGUUGUCAAGUGCUCUAUUGUGUUUGCAUUGACACAAAUUGUGCCUUCUGUUGUGACUGCUACUCAGGUACUGGGGCCACAAAGGUCUGUUUUUUUGUGUGUGUUGCAGACAGGAAAAGCCUUAAACUGGAAAAACAUUUUAAAAUUGAAGUGAUUCCUUUCAUUGAUGGUAGCAUUUAGUUUUAUCAGAGGACAGUCCAUUGUGAGUUUUAUACAGAAAGGAUAUUCAAAUAUUUUUUGGACAUCUACCCUUUCCUUAAACUGCAGCAAUUUACUAAAAGAGAAUUGAUGGGUGAACUGCAGAAAGGUCAUACAGAUUUGUUUUUACUCACAUGUCAGGCAAAUCGAAAAUCUGCUGAACCUAACGAACUUUAUUUGUUUCAAUGAGUCUGUAUUUUAAUCAGUUUAUGAAGCCUCCCAUUCUGACAUUAGGAAAUACUGUUUUUGUGUCGAAAACAGUCAGGACAUACAGUGAAAGAGACAUGAUCUUGUGUAUUUAUUACAUUGUUUUAUUGUUAUUUAAGACCAGAGAAACGGCAGCAUUUUCUCACAGCUCACAUUCCUGUUCAACAAGUCUUUGUGCCUUUCUCCGUCUUUUUUUUACUUGAUAGCUGUUGAACAGUUUCAGCUGAGAUUUAAGGAAGUAAAAAACACAAUUCUCGUGUAAUGCCAAAACAAUGCUGUUUUAUUUUUUGUUAAGCAACACUGCCAGGAAUUGUGUUGCGUUUAUUUUUUUCCCCCAGCCUGACAUCCUCUUGUACUGAAGAACUUAAGCUUUUGUUAUGCGGAUACUGAUUUGGCAGGGAUGUUAGAUGUUCAUCUUCUCGGUCCAUCUCUAUUCUCUUACCUUCUCUUCUUCCACUAGAUAUACCUCAUCGUCCCCACUUUUGUGCUGGGAAUUAACCUCUUUGUGCAGUUCUGGAUUCUCUUCACUUAGCGUUACGUUUGUUUGUUUCAUUUUCUACUGCUUUGACAAAUUUGUGGAAUAAACUUCUUGUGGCUUAAUUUCA